AGAUGCUGUGCUUUUGUACGCUACGUUUCCGCAGGGUCAUUAUUUCCGUUUCCACUCCGAGGAGAGACACGCUCAUUUUCGCUUUGCAUUAUAUACUCUCCCGCCGCUGUCAGCUUCAGGAACUUACGGCUUUGUCUAAACCGAGUUUCAUCUCCGCGAUGGGGGACAUCGAGUCUCCCGAUUCGACUCGAACGCGCCAGGCUGGCAUACUCGCUCUUCUCCCAAGCAAAGAUUUCGUCAGCUCGCGGAAAGGACAGCUUCUCAUUGCAGAAGUGGUCCUGUCCUUCAUCACCUUUAUAUGCUUCGCGGCGUCCACGGCGGCCGCCUUCGUCACGGCCCCCCUCGUGGAGUUCCUCGUCGCCCUCUUCCUUCUCUUCGCCUACUCCACCAAGAUUAAUGAGCGGUUCAAGGGCUUCCACUGGCCUCUGAUGGAUUUUCUGCGCUGCGUCAGUGCGUCCAUCAUCUAUUUCAUCAUCUCCAUAAUGGCGGUGUCCAAGUACACCGAUGGGGCGUCGAAGGCAGCUGGGGUCUUUGGGUUCAUAGCCACCAUCGUUUUCGCACUGGAUUUCUACAUCAUCUUCAACGACCUGGCGAAUUUCCUCAAGCAAGGCGGAGAUUCCAACGAGGAGCCCCCAGCAGAUAAUGAUUCUGACUCGGAUUCCGACUGAAGGACCCCCAUGUCCAUCUACAACAACGCCCAACAAGACAACGACAUUCCAAAGGAUGUGAUACCAUCAAGGGUCUUUGGUAUCAUUACCACUUGCUAUAAUGUAAAAAAGGUUUGAGCGUUCUGUCUGUGGUUCCUUGAGACUAUUCUUACUGUCAUGUACAUGGAGGGUUUAAAUUAGUUGUUUUCUUUUUUUAACAGACAUUUAAUUGGACUAUCUGAAACUAAGUAGGGAGAUUUAGGCUUCAUGAAUUCUAAAAUGGGUAAAGCCAUCAUUUGCUUUUAAUGGCAAAGCAUUUGAUUGGAUGGAGCAUAUGGUAGCUCCACCCACUAUUAGGUCAACGAACCUUCACCUUCAGAAGACGUCAAGCAACCAGUCAAAACAAAAAAAAAAAACUAUUUUAAAGCCUCCUUUGUUCUGAAGCUGUGAUCGACUUGCAGAAUUUGUAGGUCUACAGUAGUUUAGAGUAAUUGAACAGUUGCAUGUAUGUUCCAAGCACUCCUUUUAUAAGUGUAAGGGGGGAGGGGGGGCAUGCAGAUGACACUGCAAUUUAUUUUUACACAUUUGUCUGAAUACAUUUCAGACGUCAGCCGAACAAGUAAGCUUCAAGUGUGAAUUCUACAAGAUGGUUUCACACAAACCUAAGAAAAAGGUAUUUAAAAUAUGCUUCUCUAUGUAUAUUUCCAGUUUUGACUUUUUGGAUAACAGUCUAAAGAAACAUAAUUGGUGCAUCUUGCCAGGUCUAGAGAAUCAAUGUUUCAAUCCUGACUGUUCCGUGAACAGAAUAAUUCCAAUGAUCAUGGCCAUUGUUCCAUAUUGAUUUCUCUAGUAAGGAGUCAUUCUUGGUGAAAAUGGACACUAAAAUUUUAUCAUUCUGGUUUACAGUUUGGCCAGCUAAUUUAAGCAGGUCCCUGUUUACAAUUAGAUAUAUUCGUAAAGGACAAAUUCAAAGCAGGAACAAAAAAAAAUUAAUAUGAAAGUGCUCUAAUAUGACACUGAAUGCCAAAGUUAAAUGAUUUUUUAAUCUUUACUUAAGUUUACACUAUAAAAGCCAUUGGCAGUUGGCUGGCUGGUUACACCAUCUGUCCAAUGACUGAAAAUGCUAACUCGGAAAGGCUUGGCCUCGUUCUUAAACAGCGCGAGAGACGUAUUCACGUUUACAUUGCAAAUCCAUUUUUCACAUCCACCCCAGCUGACAGCGUUCUCAUGCAAUGUUGCAUCCAUGUGAUAACAACUGUUGCUGGGUAGCUGGCCUUCUAGCGAAUCACUGCUUCACUGCCCACUGCACUGCUAUGAUACGCUUACUUAAUCUCAGGGUUCCAGUAUUGGCCGCCAUCUUUGUCACCUGCGUGGGAACGGAAUCAUGGUGCCAUUUCUGAGCACACGCAGGUGUGUUCAUCGACUGGGUAUUCCUUCUAAAUCCCCAAGCGACAAACAUUUUUUUUCCUGGAUGCACAUAUUGCCGCUAGCACCUGUCAUUCAAGCACUUACUGUAAAAGCUGCCUUCGGAGUUGUUCUUGAGAAACGCCGACACCAAUAAAUGUCCACGUGCGCUGGGUGUUAUACAUUCUGCAAAUCUGCACCAAAGAGUAGAUGUGGCUUUCCCGCGUGUUCCGCUCAGUCAUUUGAGAGCCGAAAUGAGGAACGCACCACAGUUCAGCGGAAAAGCUGCAGCAGGCUUCUGACUAAGAGAGCCAGCAUCAUGCCACUUGUCUUAAGCGCGCCUAUACUGU